UCUGGGCUACACAACAGCUGCUAAAUACUGUUACUGGGGAGGUACCUAAAACGUGGUACAGUCUUUGAAACAGCCCUAGUUCACAUGGUGUAUGACUAACCCACAUCGUGUGUUGUCGGCGGAAUUGCUCACGUUGAGUCCUGUGUCUGACUUCCCUAGGAAGUAGAAUAGUGAGUAAGGGACGACAUGGUCACACCAGUCAUCUAAUACAGACAGUAACGGUUCAUAUAUCACCUCUUGCCAUGGCAGUUUGGACACAUCUUACGUUUUUGAGUUUUAUGUGCACAGUUACUCCUGUCAUAUCACAGUUCAACAGUGGUUGCACGCAGUUAGAUAAGUGUGGAGUGGACGUCUCUCCCAGCUUCAGCAGUUCCGAUGGCGUCUUCAUCUGCCGGUCAGUGGUCAGCUACAGAACCUGUGCCCAGAAUGCCAAACGUGUGUGCGUCGGAAACAUCGACAAUUCCGAAGUAGAACAGUUUGUGUUGAAUAUAUAUACACAAUAUAACUGCACAGCUGUUCUUAAGGAAAUAACGACAUCCGUCGAAAUGUCUCCCGUUACCGCUCGUAUUUCAGAAUCAGCGCCUACACGCGGGAUCCCAGAAACUGACGGAACCAGUCAACUCGAAAGUUCCCCCUCGGCAACAGCUGCCACCCCUUACAUACAAAGCACAAAUCGUACUGAAAUGACAGAUACCGAGAGCACAGACGUCACGUCCACUCGUUCGAAGGGUACAAGUGUUCCCACGAUGUCGUCUGCACGCAUCAAUCGUACUGAAAUGACAGAUACCCAGACCACAGACGUCCUGUCCACGCGCUCGAAGGGUACAAGUGUUCCCACGAUGUCGUCUGCACGCAUCAAUCGUACUGAAAUGACGGAUACUCAGACCACAGACGUCACGUCCACGCGCUCGAAGGGUACAAGUGUUCCCACGAUGUCGUCUGCACGCAACAAUCGUACCGAAAUGACAGACACCCAGACCACAGACGUCACGUCCACGCGCUCGAAGGGUACAAGUGGUCCCACGAUGUCGUCUGCACGCAUCAGUCGUACUGUAUUGACAGAUACCCAGACAACAGAUGUCACGUCCACGCGCUCGAAGGGUACAAGUGGUCCCACGAUGUCGUCUGCACGCAUCAAUCGUACUGAAAUGACAGAUUCCCAGACCACAGAUGUCACUUCCCUGCGCUCGAAGGGUACAAGUGUUCCGCCAGUGUCCUCAACAGACAGACAGACCCUCGUCCCAUCCUCAACCUCAUCCCGCCGGGAGACCGUUACUGAGGCCACGACGAACGCAAACCACGUGACUUGGUCCACCACGAAGUACAUGUCCACAGUUGUCAGACGACAUCCUUCAAGCACACCGCAGGUCACUGAGCUACCAAUAUCCUCCACAGACGACGUCACAGUACCCACAUCAAAACUUACGUCUCAAAUUACCAGUACAAAAUACAAGAGUCUAGUAACAAACACGAGAACCUCCCGAGUUACCUCCCCUUCCAUUCUUCCAGGACUGUCCACAAAAGGUUCGCCAGGUUUUCAUCAAUCCAGGAAGACCUCCACCCAAUCAACAGAUCACACCGGAUAUGGAACGAGAUCUUCCACUGAAAUGAAGAAGUCGAGUUCGCAAAUACCAGGGACGUUCCCCACCACCCCUCCAGCUGAGGAAGAGGACUCGACCAGGGAUGCAUCUAACCCCCAAGGUGUGGGAACCCCAUCUUCAGGCACUGACAGUUCCAUGGCUGUGUCUACUCUGUCCGCUGUGGCGGUCAUCUGGGUCGGCUGGACGAUGCACGUCACCAUCACCUGAAACUACGGGGCCUGCACAGGAUGUUACAUGUCGGUUACAUUACAGUUUCCGCGGACUAAUAUACAGUAUCCUGACUUUGUGUAGAAGCCUCUCCGACAUGUCAACACUGGCGCCUGGGAUAUGCUCCAGCAGGGCCAGACAGCACGGAGAUGCUCCUACUCAAGAGGUCUUUUAAAUGUCGUAUACGACCGAAUAAUUGGGUGUCGGUUACAUUACAGUUUCCGUGGACUUAUAUACAGUAUCCUGACUUUGUGUAGGAGCCUCUCCGACAUGUCAACACUAGCGCCUGGGAUAUGCUCCAGCAGGGCCAGACAGCACGGAGAUGCUCCUACUCAAGAGGUCUUUUAAAUGUCGUAUACGACCGAAUAAUUGGGUGUCGGUUACAUUACAGUUUCCGCGGACUAAUAUACAGUAUCCUGACUUUGGGUAGGAGCCUCUCCGACAUGUCAACACUAGCGCCUGGGAUAUGCUCCAGCAGGUCCAGACAGCACGGAGAUGCUCCUACUCAAGAGGUCUUUGAAAUGUCGUAUACGACCGAAUAAUUGGGUGUCGGUUACAUUACAGUUUCCGUGGACUUAUAUACAGUAUCCUGACUUUGGGUAGGAGCCUCUCCGACAUGUCAACACUAGCGCCUGGGAUAUGCUCCAGCAGGGCCAGACAGCACGGAGAUGCUCCUACUCAAGAGGUCUUUUAAAUGUCGUAUACGACCGAAUAAUUGGGUGUCGGUUACAUUACAGUUUCCGCGGACUAAUAUACAGUAUCCUGACUUUGGGUAGGAGCCUCUCCGACAUGUCAACACUAGCGCCUGGGAUAUGCUCCAGCAGGUCCAGACAGCACGGAGAUGCUCCUACUCAAGAGGUCUUUGAAAUGUCGUAUACGACCGAAUAAUUGGGUGUCGGUUACAUUACAGUUUCCGCGGACUAAUAUACAGUAUCCUGAAUUUGUGUAGAAGCCUCUCCGACAUGUCAACACUAGCGCCUGGGAUAUGCUCCAGCAGGUCCAGACAGCACGGAGAUGCUCCUACUCAAGAGGUCUUUGAAAUGUCGUAUACGACCGAAUAAUUGGGUGUAAUUGGCCGUCCUUUUUGACAGGUCAAAUAUUCGUCGCGCUCUUUCAACCGUAGUACGUUUUUUUGGUUAUUAUUGUUUUUGUUUUGUUUUUGUCACCUUGUAUAAUCACAAUUUGAUAGUGAUUCAUUGAUGCAUGUUCAUUAUAUAGUCAGUAUUGUACAAUCGACUAUGCUUUCAGCAGAUUUCCCAUGAAAAUGGAAAUGGUUUUGUCGCUGUAUUAUAUAUGUAUUACUGCCUCAUGUACCUUGAGCAACGAAUGCUACCAAAUAUAUAACCCGGUAUCAAAGACCACAUGGUCAAGUCCCUACCCCACCCGGUAUCAAAUACCACAUGGUCAAGUCCCUACCCCACCCGGUAUCAAAUACCACAUGGUCAAGUCCCUACCCCGCCCAUUAUCAAAUACCACAUGGUCAAGUCCCUACCCCACCCGGUAUCAAAGACCACAUGGUCAAGUCCCUACCCCGCCCGGUAUCAAAGACCACAUGGCCAAGUCCCUACCCCGCCCAUUAUCAAAUACCACAUGGUCAAGUCCCUACCCCACCCGGUAUCAAAGACCACAUGGUCAAGUCCCUACCCCACCCGGUAUCAAAUACCACAUGGUCAAGUCCCUACCCCACCCGGUAUCAAAGACCACAUGGUCAAGUCCCUACCCCACCCGGUAUCAAAGACCACAUGGUCAAGUCCCUACCCCACCCGGUAUCAAAGACCACAUGGUCAAGUCCCUACCCCACCCGGUAUCAAAGACCACAUGGUCAAGUCCCUACCCCACCCGGUAUCAAAGACCACAUGGUCAAGUCCCUACCCCACCCGGUAUCAAAGACCACAUGGUCAAGGGUACAAGAAAGAAGACAAAGCUUUUGCACAUGGACAGGUGGGACAAAUGCUGUAGUAGAUCAAUGAUGUAUGUAUGUAUAUAUGUAUGUAUGUAUGUAUGUAUGUAUGUAUGUAUGUAUGUAUGUAUGUAUGUAUGUAUGUAUGUAUGUAUGUAUG